AUGCGGUGCAAGAUGAUGAUGAGGUGUCCUGCUGGAGUACCAGGAGGGUGGCUUCGUUCGAGAUUUCUCCAAAGCGUGAGGUGUUUUGCGGCGGGGGUGAAUGGUUCGUACCAAGUCCGGGGACCAUUGGCCCAGCUGAGAGACGUGGUCGACGUAAACGAGAUGGCGUGGCCGUCGUUCUUGACAUCCCCGCGGACGGCGGCGGUCAUCGGCGCGCCUGCUAUGUUUGGGCAGCCCCUUGCGGGGACGGACAAGAGUCCUCAGCUACUGAGGGAGGCCGGCCUCCAUCAGAACCUUGCAGCGCUGGGUUGGCGCGUGGAAGAGAUGGGUGACGUGGACAUGACUGGCCCCCCAGGAGGAGCGGACCCUGCCGCAGCCGGCGGCGACGCCCGCCAUAGCUUGGCGGUGGGUGCCGGGUGUCGCCGACUCUCCGAGGCGGUCUUCGAAAAGGCGGCCGAAGGAAAGUUCGUCUUGACUCUUGGCGGGGACCAUUCUAUCGCGUUGGGGACUUUGGCUGGCGUUCUGAGGGCGAGGCCGGACACGAGAGUGCUUUGGUGCGACGCCCACGCGGACAUAAACUCCCCGAAGGGUUCGCCGAGCGGAAACAUGCAUGGGAUGCCGCUGUCGUUCGUGAUGGGCCUCUCCGAUCCUUCGACGGUCCGCGGCCUGGAGUGGCUCUGUGAGACUGACGUCCCCGUCUUGCGUCCCGAGAGAAUCGCGUACGUUGGCCUGCGCGACGUGGACGUUUACGAGAGGAAGAUCCUGCAUCGCCUCAAACAAGAGCACGGGCUCUUCGCGUCGACCAUGCAGGACGUGGAUCGCCUAGGCAUCGGGCGGGUGAUGGAGCUCGCCUUGGAGGCGCUGGGUGUCACUGGAAACGGCGACGAGGAGAAAGGCGCCCCCCUGCACUUGUCGUUCGACAUCGACGCUGUCGAUCCGAAGGUUGCGCCUGCAACGGGAACUGUCGUUCGUGGAGGGCUCAACUAUCGCGAGGCUAUGUAUGUCGCGGAGUCCUGCGUUGAGACUGGUCGGCUGGGUUCAAUGGAUAUGGUGGAGGUUAACGCCGACCUGACCGAACCAUCGGCAGCCGCUGAAACGGUGCAGCUGGGCCUCGUGGCGGUGGCGUCCGCAAUGGGCAGCCGCAUUUUGUGAACUAGUCGGUGAUGUUGGUUGACGGUGUGUAAAAGGUGGCGCGAUUGCGCCCCGGGUUGAGGGUGUGCAAACGUGGCGUGGUAGCGCCACCGCCAACCACACGUACGUUUGGUGAUAUUUGUCCGGUGUUGUUUGCCAGCCUUGCAGUGAGGAGAUGGUGGGUACUGCUCCCACGUGUGAACCAUGUGAUGUCGUGUUCGCUUGUCUG